CCUGCGAAGACGCCAAAACAAACGGAGCGGGUUCCGCCCGGAAAAUCCGUGUCAGAUCGAUCCCCGAAUGGCAUGGAGCGUACCAAUUGUAUAAAGUAUGGAUGACAGAACACAUACCUGCAACAUCUGAUUGAUCCGACCAAGACAUUAACACAAUACAAUUAUACAAAACAUCCCUGCAACAUGAUUGCAGAGCUGCUCUUCAACCCCGGCACGUGGACGGCCCUCGCCGUCCUCGCAGCCGCAUACUACCACUUUUUCCUCCGCAGCCCCGCACUCCCAUUCCCACCAGCCAACAAAUCAGCAAGCGAGCUGCAAGACGCCAGCAGCUUGAUCACCAACAGCCUCUCCAAGAGCAAUGGCGGACCCGUCGUCGUCACCCUGGGCUCGGGCGGUCGCAAAAUCCUCCUGCCGUCGUCGCUCGCCGCCUGGGUCAAAACCAACCGGGAUCUGGACCACCAGCAGCUCGUGCGCGAAGAUUUUAUGAGCGGGAUCCCGGGUUUCGAGGGGAACACGCUCCUCCACCAGUCCGGCAGCCCGAUCAUGGACAUAAUCAAAACGCGCAUGGGCCUCAACGACGGCACGCUGCGCACGCUCAACGCCAGCGUCAAGCGCACGCUGCACGACACGCUCGGCGAGGGCGCAGAGUGGCACGCGAUCGACUGGUACGCCGGCACGUCCAACAUCAUUGCGCGCGCGGCGUCGUCCGUCUUUGUCGGGCCGGAAAAGGCCGACGACCCCGAGUGGCUCGAGCUCGCGCAGACCUACGUCACGGCCUACUUCACCGGCGUCGCCGAGCUGGGCACCUACCCGGCCUGGGCGCGGAGCAUCGUGCACUGGUUCCUGCCCAACGUCAAGACCUGCCGCAAGCUGCUCCCGCGCGCGCGCGUCAUCAUCGGGCAGGUCGCAGCGGCGCGCGAAAAGGAGGCGGCCGCGGCGAGGCGCGAGGGCAGACCGGCGCCAGAGUACAACGACGCGUUGGAGUGGGUGCGCGCGGUGUCGGGCGGGGAGGUGGAUCCCGCCGAGGCGCAGCUUUGCCUGGCCAUGGCUGCCUUUUUCACAACGGCCGAGCUGCUCCGCGUGCUGCUCAUCGAGGUUGCGCGCCAUCCGGAAUAUGUUGACGAGCUGAGGGAGGAGAUUUCUACGCAGAUCUCCAAGCACGGUCUGUCAGUUGCCGGCAUCAAUGGUAUGGUUUUGCUGGAUAGCUUCAUGAAGGAGUCGCAGAGGCUGAAUAGCGGACCCGUCGUCCUCGAGCGCGUCGCCCUCAGAGACACGGCUCUCCCCGAUGGACGCAUCAUCCCGCGCGGCUCACAUAUCAUGGUCGACUCCAUGGACCUGUGGAAGUCGGAAAAAUACCCUGACCCAAACAAGUUCGACGGACGCCGUUUCCUCAAGAAGCGCAAGGCCGGCGACAGCGCCAGCCAGUUCGUGCAGUCCGGCCCCGACUACCACGUGUUCGGAGGCGGGCGCCACAUCUGCCCCGGGCGCUUCUUCGCGUCGCAGGAGCUCAAGCUGAUCAUGGCGCACUUGCUGCUCAAGUACGACGUUCGGUUGGGCGAGGGCUGCGACCCCAAGGUCAUACCGAAUGGGUUCUUUGUCAUGAUCGAUCCGACGGUCAAGUUUGAGGUCAAGAGGAGGAAAAGUAGGGACGCAGAUGCUCUGUUGUAGAGUGGAUCUGCCAGGGGAAUGUUACGCGGACUUUGGAUCUGGCCAAAACAAAGAAGCCUCAUCCUCGCGGGGACAUUAAUUCAGGGGCAGGUGUUGAUCCUCCCAUCUACAAGCUUAAUGAGCGGAUACCCUAUAGACUAGUUAAUGUACUGCGUCGAUCGCAUUUCCCAAA